AGGUAUGGCGGGGGUUGAAAACAGUAGGAAGGUGUCGCCGGAGGAGGUGCAACCCCGGAAGGCUUUCGGUUUGGCGGCAAAGGAUUCAUCCGGCGUGCUCUCCCCCUUCACUUUCUCCAGAAGGAACAAUGGCGAUGAUGAUGUUACCAUAAAGAUAUUGUAUUGUGGCAUUUGUCACUCAGAUCUCCACAUCAUCAAGAACGAGUGUAAAAUUACUAUCUACCCAGUAGUUCCAGGGCAUGAAAUCGUUGGAAUCGUUACAGAAAUUGGUCCCAAGGUUCAAAAGUUUAAAGUUGGAGACAGGGCUGGCGUCGGUUGCAUGGUUGGUUCCUGUCAUUCUUGCGAAGCUUGUGAUAACAAUCUUGAGAAUUACUGUUCGAAGAUGAUAUUAACAUAUAGUUCAAUCGACGGUGAUGGGAUGAUCACUUAUGGGGUUUAUUCCGAUAUGAUUGUUGCUAAGGAGCAUUUUGUGGUGAAGUUCCCCAAAAAGUUGGCAAUGGACAAGGCUGCACCACUGUUGUGUGCCGGGAUAACGGUUUACUGCCCCAUGAAGAUCUUUAGCCUCGAUGAGCCUGGAAAGCAACUUGGUGUGGUAGGCCUCGGAGGACUCAGCCAUGUUGCUGUCAAGUUUGGCAAGGCUUUUGGAAUGAAGGUCACUGUUAUAAGCACGCCUUCGAAGAAGAAAGAGGAGGCCAUCAAAACCUUGGGAGCUGAUGAUUUUAUAGUUAGCAGCGAUGCUCAGCCGAUGCAGAAUGCAAUGGGUACCAUGGAUGGUAUCAUAAAUACUGUGUCAGUGGUUGGUGUACCAAAUGCUCCACUGGAAUUUCCCGCCUUCCCUCUAAUACUGAGAGGGAAGAUAUUGGCUGGUAGUUCCAUUGGUGGAAUGAAACAGACGCAGGAGAUGAUAGACUUUGCUGCAAAACACAACAUAACUGCAGAUAUUGAGCUAAUCAAAGCUGAUUAUGUGAAUGACGCGAUGGAGAGGCUGGCCAAGGCUGAUGUGAGAUAUCGAUUUGUGAUUGAUGUGGGCAACACUUUGACUGCUGCUUGAAUAUUUGAAGGUUGUAUCUCUCCUGUUUG